GCCAUGUCCCCCCCCGCAAUCAUCGCCCCCUCCAUUCUGUCCGCCGACUUCGCAGAGCUGGGCAAGGCAUGCUCUGGUACCAUGGGCCAGGGCGCCGACUGGCUGCACGUCGACAUCAUGGACGGCCACUUCGUGCCUAACAUGACCUUCGGCGCCCCCGUCGUCACCAAGAUCCGCCCGCACGUCGACCGCCCUUCUAGCGCGUACGGACGCGGAACCUUCGACUGCCACAUGAUGAUCGCAGAGCCCAAGCGAUGGGUUCGAGACUUCAAGAAGGCCGGCUGCGAUCUGUACUGCUUCCACUAUGAAGCCGCCUUCUCGACCGCUGCCGAAGAGCCUUCGGCCACCUCCACCGAGAAAACUUCGCCAAAAGAGCUGAUUCGCUUCAUACAUGGCCUAGGCAUGCAGGCAGGCAUCGCAAUAAAGCCAAAGACAUCUGUCGACGUGCUGUGGGAAAUUCUCGAGAAUCCAGUCAAGGAGGAAGUGCCUGAUAUGGUGCUCAUCAUGACGGUCGAGCCCGGCUUCGGCGGCCAAUCGUUCAUGGCGUCCGAAUUACCCAAGGUUACGGCGCUCCGCAUCAAGUAUCCCGACCUCCACAUUGAAGUCGACGGCGGCUUGUCGGAGAAAACUAUCGACCAGGCCGCAGAUGCCGGCGCCAAUGUCAUUGUCGCAGGUAGCGCUGUCUUUGGCGCCGCUGACCCGGGUGAAGUGAUCAAGAAGCUCAGAGAAGCGGUUGAGUCCCGAAGAGGGAAGCUAUGAGGUGAGCGUGUAGCGUCCGUCGAUGCUAACGUCCGUAUAUGAAGUUAUAAGACAUUGUAGACAAAAUAGAUAUCGAGAAAAUUGACAUC